AAAGACGCUUGGUUGCUAUUGUGGUAUCACGACAAUAGGCUCGGCUGUGGUCACCCAGCUGCUGCUUGGAGUUGGUGUUGUCUGUGAUUUCAGGAGUUCAUCUGCUCCUACUACCCAUACCGUUUACUUCUUGGACUCGACACAGCGAUCUGAAGUCAGCAACACCACUCAUCAGACGUCGCGUUAAACCUCCAGAAACCAACGUAUCCAACAACAAGCCACCGGAACCCCCAUUCUACAACUGGCCAUGGCAACGUCACAACCAACAGCCCUCUUCCCAUCCCUCCCCCCAGAGCUCCGCAACGAAAUAUACACCUAUCUCUCCUCUCCAACCCCCACAUCCAUCCCCACAAACAGCCACCUCCCCCUUGCCCUUAAAACCUUCACCUGCAAACACACCACCACAACUCUCCUCCCCAUCCACCACAGCACGCCCGGCCUACUCUCCCUCCACGGCACCCUCAUCCCCGAGGCCGCAGAAUACGCCUCCUUCCUCCUCUCCAACAGCAUAACCCUCUACCUCUCCAUCCACUUCCGCGGCCGUGUAAACACCUUCGUGCCCUCGGACUGGGACAAGAAGAUCCAAGCCCAUUUACGUAAACUGGGUAAAUCCUUUCCAUGGCUGAGGAAGGUGGCGAGGUAUGAGGUGCAGAUACUGUGGGAGCCGGUUGAUGGGGUGUUGAAGAGCAGGAAGGGCAAGAGGUGUGCGGGAGACGUUUGUUUGGGGUUGGUGGAAGGUGUGACGGGGUUGAUAGACGAGGAGGUGAAGAGGAAGAAGGGGUGGUUGAGGAUGGGCUUGAAUUUGGAUCAUGGGUUCUCUGUCGCCAAUGCUUUUUCAAACACGAAAUUCGGACUGAAUAAGUUUCUUGGUGAAGAGUUGGGGUUUAGGACGGUGGUGAGGGAGGUUAGGAAGACGAGGUCUUCGCACCACUGGGGGCCUGUGCCUCUUCGUCCAGCUUUUCGUGCGGUGGAGAAGGUGGGCACACCGGAGGAGAAAAGGUUGAUUGAAAUCGGGAAAGACAGCGUAGGUUGGUCUGAGUGCACGACGGGGCCGCUGGUCAUGAGGAGGACUACGGGCACGGUGCUGAAGGGGUCUACGACGGUGUUGGGGAAGGAUGAGAUGGACUUCCCCAUGUGCCAUCUCAUGGCGGAAUGUGUCAAGAUAUAAUGAGGACUACCUACUCAGCCCCCGAUCCCAGCAGAGUCCGUUGAGCUUCCCAUCUAUGGUUUCAGAUCAAUUCAAGAGGGGGUGGUACGAGCGGCCAAGCAGGCCUGGGAGCUUUCGGCCAAGCAGCUUGAUAUGAUCAAGAUGCAAAAGAAGGAGCUAGAGGA